AUGCCCCGCUUUAAGAUCAUCAAGUGGUCCCUUUACUCUUCUUUCCAUCCUGGACACCUGUCAUUUGUCUGUUUUACGAGUAUAUACAAGAUUAGUGGAGGGUUUGACGAACAGCACGCAAUGUCCGCAGCAAACAAGAGGCCAGAGCGGCAGAGUAUGAGACGAGCAGCCGCGCGCAUGCCCAGUCAUUUUGACGUCAAGAAGUACUUUGGGGUUACAGGAGUCUCGCAGAAACUAGGCACAGAGAGGAAUGGACAACAACUUGGUAUCAUUAGGAAUUUACUUCGUCCGGAGUAUGAUCCAGCCUCUUCUCCAUUCUCCCACUCCCAAGUUGCCCUCUCAAAGGCCUUAUAUUCUGACAUAUAA